AUGCUUCGACCAGAAGUCACAGAGAAAAAAAGCAGUCAACUUACGAGAUCCCCUUCACCAAAGGCACCUGAAAUUAAAAUAUCUGUGGAAGUUCAAGAAGCAACACAGGAAUUUGCGCCGACUGAAAAGCCACUUUUGAGUACUCAAUAUGGAUGGGAGGAACUUCAAUAUGAGAAAACGGCGGAAAGCGUUGAAUCCGAAAAACCUAAAGAAGCGACGCGAAGACGUGCAUUCAAUCGAAAUCAAAAUCAAUCUCUCAAUCAAUUCCAGACUUUAACAGCGAUUACAAAACAGAAGAAAAAGAUGGGCGAUGGGAAUUUCAAACAGCGUCUUCUUAGCAACACUGCAUUGAAACAACUCAAAAUGGACGAUCAAGCGACGACACCGAGAAAGAGAUUCCAGAAUGCAGUACGACGCGUCGUCAAUGAAAUUCGAUUCACGAAGCUUUUCGGCCAUGUGAAGAAAACUGAGCUGGAAAAGAUUGCAAGAAAUGCGAACCAUGCGCUCUUUUUGAACAGAAAAGAGCAGUCGCAAAAGGUCGAUAUCGAAAUGAUGCUGAAGCUUGAGAUAAAAGAAACUGCCCUGAGAGUGCUUGAAAAGACCGAGUCCGCGUAUAAGAAAAUAUUCUGGAAUAGAAUCUAUCCAUCGGAUGAGUUCAAGGAAUUUGUCCGGGAAGUCACCGAAAAGAAGAAUCAAUACCGCACCGAGCUAAAUACUCAAGCUGUGGAAACGAAAGAGUACACCGGUGCAUUCGGUCGACGAAAAACAAGAGUAACCGCGUUCGGUCACGACGAUGACGAAGAGGAUUUCACAGCUGAUAGUUACUUGUCAGAAGAAUUCACGCAAGACAGCAAAAAGAAAAAAGGUGCCUUUAACUUAUUCGCGUCGAAUUCUCGCAAAUAA